GAGCGAGAGAGAAAGACGGAGCCAACAAGCGAGAGAGUGCGUGUGCGGAGGAGGAAGAGGAAAUUACACAAAAAUUUUUGGGCGCCAUCAAAGAUAUAUCUACAUAUAUACAUUUGCCAUCGACAAUUAAACACCCUCUCCGAUGUCCGCGGGUGUGGGUGGCGGCGGAGGCAGCAUUACCACAGAUCAUCAUAGCCGUUUAUACUUCCUCAACUCGCCGACGGCGCCGCUGACGGCACGCGAUUCGUUCUUCAUAAAGCCGGAAUAUCUCAGCUAUGAGAAUCCCAUGCAUCAUCUAUACCCAAGCAAUCGAGGCUUAAUUGAGUACAAUAAUUAUACGACAGUUGCGGCCGCUGCUGCGGCGAGUGCGAGUACAGGUGUUGCUGCUGCUGCAGCUGCUGCAGCGGCUGCUGCUGCUGUUAACACCAACAACAGUGGUAACAACAACAGUAACGGGAACAACAACAACGGUGGCAACAACAGCGGCGCCAACAAUAACUCCGCCAGCGGCAACAAUUCAGCCAGCAGCAACAACAACGCCAACAGCAACGCCCGCAAUAGCGGCGGCGGCAGCGGCACUGACAACAGCUUCCAGCAGCAUACACAACAGCAACAGCAUACAGCACAGCAGCAACAUCCUCCGCAACAGCAUCCGCAGCAGCAGCAACAACAACAUCCACAACAGCAGCAACAACAUCCACAGCAACAGCAACAACAUCCACAGCAGCAGCAACAGCAGCAGCAGCCGCAUCCAUUGCAUCAGCAUUUGUCCACCGGCCUCGUUGUCACCGGCGUCGCACUUGGCCACCAAUCGUCGCGGGCUCAGAAGGCGGCACGGCGGCGCAGCAACGAAUCGAUUGAGGCACGGGAACGGCGUCUGGAACGGAACGCGGCGAGAAUGCGGGACAAACGAUCGAAGGAAUCGGAAGCGGAAUAUCGCCUGCGUUUGGCCAAAAAUGCGGAGGCGAAUCGUGUACGCAGGCAAAACGAAAACGAAGUACAAAGAACUUUAAGACUGAUGAAGAAUGCCGCCCGUCAGCGUUUGCGGCGCGCCAGCGAAUCAAGUGACGAGCGCAAGAAGCGCCUGGCCAAGGCAGCUGAACGGAUGCGCGUCUCCAGGGCCAGUGCGCCCAAGGUGAUUAAACCGCCGCUCGAGGAUCGCCUUAAGGGCUAUUAAAAACAAAAAAGAGCAAAUCUACACAGAGCCCAAUUAGACAUCCAAUCAGACAAACUAACAAACACACACACACACACACACACAUGCAUGUGCCUGGCGCGUUACUCCAAUCAGAGCGCAACAUUGGAAGCUUGUGAAGCGGGCUUCAGCAAGUAAAGUGCACACACAUCCAUAAACACAAACAGAAACACACACAGAAUCUAAUCAAAUGGUAUCUAAUCAGAAAUGUGCAAGCAAACACACACGCCAAAAAAAAAAGAAGUAGCAG